AUCUAGAGAAAAAAGAUUUAGAAGAUACAUUAGCCGAAAAAAAAGAUGAAUUAGUGCAGAUGAAAGAUAAUUUAGUCACAACUCAAAGAGCAUUGAUAGAGAAAGACACUCUCCUUCAAGAAGCAGUCCUAAAUAAAGCUCAUUUAGCCGAACAGAUCUCAAAAAUAUCCAGCGAGUCUGAAGUGGCUGGAGGGGUUUUAAAGGGACUAGGUGUUAGUGAACAGGAGAAAGGUAACGAUAAUACUAGCCCUGAAACCACCUGGGUCUUUAUAGAGACCGCUCUUUAA